UCAACCGCUAUUUAUUCGAGAACAAGAAUAAAAGGAAAAGAAGAAGAUUAAAGAUAUAUGGCGGUCAUCUCGUGUUUCUUCUUUUAAAAGUAAGGUCCUUUUAUGGGGUUUUCUUAAUGACUUAUACUGUGUGACAACUGCAGUGAUGGGGGUUUCUACCAGUAAACUUCAGCAGCUCACCAUCUUCACCACUGUUUUCACUGGUGUAGGGACCGGCACCAUGUACUACCUAAUGCAGAAAAGGUUCACACAGUCAGACUACCACAUACUGGCUGUGCAGAAGUUAGAGGCGUGUCCUGAUGCCAUGGAAAGCCUGGGAGCUCCGCCUUUAAAAGUCCACAACAUCCAUCUGACUGACAGACUAAACCGUAUAGAUCAGCACAAGGCACAGAUAAAGAUCCCUGUGUCUGGCUCAAAAACAGGAGGCUACCUGUACACUACUUCACUUAGAGACUGUGACACCAGCAGAUGGUGUCUUCAGCAUGCAGUUCUGCAGCUCAGGGAGGGAAGGAUCAUUGACCUCAUGAAGCAUCAGACAGCAGAGCAGACAGACGAGCUGGACACUGAACACACAAAUCCAUAUCAAUACUGAGUACAAA